AUGAAAGUUCUUCUAGUAAGUUUUCCUCGCAUAAAUAUUGAAUAAAUAAUUUGCAUAUUCAAAACAUGUUUAUUAUGUUUUCUUUCAGACCGUAUUUCCAGUUGCGUGUCUAAUGUUUCAACUGUCCCAUAACUUGUGCUUAUUAAUCGUGCUGGACAAAAACUUCCGGUUCAUGCGACCGGCCAUGCUACACCUGGGUGUUCUGUACAUGGUCGGCAAUAUUUUGAUGGCAUCUAAUCUGCAAUUCUUUGUUGUGGAAAGGUAUUGCGCUUAUAAAUAUAUGCGAACAUACGAGAGUUGGGGAAGUCGGUUGGCUUGGACGUUGUUUACACUUACCGUAAGUCUACCAUCUUUUUUGGCAACAAAAAGGUCAAAUUUCCAUUCCGCAUUUAAAAAAAUCUUUUAGACGACUAUUGCGACACUAACCUGCUAUUUGGUGAUGAUUUAUGGCUAUCGAUUAGUAGCAAUAAACAUGGAAAAUGGACCGUUGUCAAUUUUUGAAUAUAUGUUGGAGAGCAUGCCCGUUUUGCCGAUCAUUACUCUUCCACCGUGCGCUUUCGGAGCUGUGUUCUUAGCUGUGGUAAGUCUACAUGAUCGACAUCAAGACGAGCCAUCGCAGUAUUACAAAUAAGAAAUUUUAGGUUUAUAAAUUCUCUGUUGAACAAACCCCUUUCAUAACAACAAUUUUUUGGUCCUAUUCGAUUUUUUCACAGACCCUUUGGCUUACUGUAUACCGUUUCGUUCAUGAAAAGGUUUUUUUGUUUUUUUGGUAGCUUGCGGUGUCAAACUAUGGCUCGGAAUACCCUCAUGUUUAACCUCAUCUUGUUGAAUAUCAGUUCGAAGUCAUUUCAGAAAGUUCGAGCUCUACAUAAGCAGAAUCAAGCCAUUCAUUCGAAUCGUUUUGACUUCUCUUUAUCGACUAAGGCAACCGUCAGCGAAACUUAUCAAUUCUUGCCGGGCCUUCUUUUUUUGGGAUAUCUACAUUCAAGCAUUGCGAUGAGUUAUUACGUUCUGUGUGGUUAUCGGGUUUACCGGAUCCGGGCUUACGGAGAGGCGGACGUCUUGCAGUUUUUGAUUCAACAGGUAAAUGGUUAUAUAUUCAGCGCCAAAAAAGUCACGGUAUAUCACUGUCCCGUCGGCGAUAUUGGUCUGUCGCAGCUCAUCGGUGCAGCGACAUUGUGCUCAUUAUUUCCCCAACAGACUAAUAAUUAUUUUUGGCUCGUGACUUUAUAUCACAGGCACCUUUCUAAAACCUGGCAUGAAAAUUUCGCAAGCCUCAAGCUAAAGUACAGCCUCAAUUUUCUGCGCCCUUUACCGACAAUUUUUUUAACAUAGCUACAUUUUUUUGCUAUCUUAUUGCCUUUAACCCGCCACUUUUUUCAGUUCCAAUACAUUGUCGUUGAAGCCUAUGGUUUCUUUUUUAUGAUCUACAGCUUCCGCACCAUGCCAGCGCUUCGGCGCGCCCUCUACGAAGACUUCUAUUGGCUGUUCGGCAGGGAAGAAGAUGUCGGCAAAACCUUGGGCCCAGGGCGGGUUGUUAACGACGAAGACGGCGACGAAAGAUUCAAGCAUUUGGUGAAUAUGUGGGACCAAAACUUUGUCCAAAGCAAUAAAUGA